CAGGAAUAUACACUCAGUGAGGCAGACAAGAUCCACACACACACACACAUACACACACUGAGAAAUGACUCCUAUAACCUGGUAAACAAUUCUAAAUAUAGUUGCCUAAAAUAUGUGCUGUACACAGAUAUAUUUACAACUAGUCACAGAUGGCAACAAUAUUCACAUACAUAAAGAUUGUAACUAAUAUCUACAGGAAAAAACACAAUAUCUAAAAUCUCAGACAGCACACACAGGCAAGCCACAUGAACAAACACAUACAGCCAAAGAAGAGAGACACAUAUACAGACAAGCGUGACUGAGCCACAGGGAGGUCUGUGUCAGACUUUCCAUGAUACCCUCCCAUCCACAUCUCCAGAUGGCUACUGCUGACAAUCAGUCUUGUGAGAUCGUUCUUUCUUGUGAGAUUUUUGAAUUUUGGGGAGCACAUUGAGUGGAUCUGUGGGGACCCAGCAUGGAUCAGAUGACAGAGGCAAGAAUGCAGGAAGGAAGCAGGAUGUAUGGGGCUCAUUUCAGGGACAAAGCUUCCAAGACUUGGAGACUCCUGAAAAACAGACUGUCUGCCCCUCUGGAAUAUGAUAUUGAGGCUAAGAAAGCUUGUGAUUGGUUGCGGGCUGCAGGAUUCCCACAGUAUGCACAGCUGUAUGAAGAUUCUCAGUUUCCUGUGGACAUUUCAUGCGUGAAGAGAGACCAUCGCUUCUUGGACCAGGACUCGCUCAAAUCGCUCUGCAGGCGGCUAAUGACACUUAAUUCAUGUGCUCCUAUGAAGUUGGACGUUCAUUUUCAGAGAAAACGGAAUGAAGUUGACUCUGAUGAAGAUGACCAGUGUGCAAUUAGUGAUCGCUGGGCUUUCCAGAGAGACCAAGGUCGAUGGUCUCGUCUGGACUCUGUGGAGCUCCUUUCACCAACAGUUGCAGGACCGCCUACCAUAAAGAGUACAUCUAGUCGUGACAGCAUCCUGACAGACCUUAGCACAGAACUGGAGGCCACCUCUCUGCAGAGUGCAGGAAGCAGCAGAGGGGUCUUGGAUAUUAUCAUUACUCCACCUCCAGAUAUGCCUUUGUCCAGCUCACCAACUGCAUCUAAGCCAUAUAGGAGCAUUAGUGACCAAUCUCUGGCAUGUAAUCAUACUAGUCUGAAGGAGAAGACAAAGAAAAGGAUGACCAAAGGCUUCCUGAAGAGGAUGGAGUCACUGCGCAGGAGAAAUAAAGGCAAAAGUCGAAAAAGACUGCCAGGAUUAGAUACUACAACUGAUCUGGAUGACUCUGAGAGAGACAAUAUGAACUUUCCAAAUGAGUGCGACGAUGGUGACAUUCCAGUGUUUGAGAAAGAUUUCCUUCACCCCGGUUACAGGACUAAAAGUGCAUCCAGCGACAGCAUUAGAAAGACUCAUCUGGAUGGACGAUGUAGUGUGGAUUAUUUGGGCAACUUUGUAAUGGAUGAGAAAGAAGCUUUAAGGAACAGACCUCCUCAAAAGUCAGAUCGUCUUGUUUGCAUCCCAACUGACCAUAAACCUGGUACCUUCCCCAGGUCUCUUUCUAUUGAAAGUUUAUAUUCUGGAACCCGUGUGCCCUUGGAGGCAUGGAAAAUGGGCAGCAAAUCCUUGGGACAGUCUGUAUGUAGCAGUAUGGAUUCUCAAGACCUGGAAGGAAGGCAGAGAAGAAGUUCCUUUAGUUCUAUGGGAAGCCGUUCAAGUAUCUAUGACAAUGUACCAUCUUCACUGGCAGACAGUGGGGACCUUCUUGAUUUGGAAGGUAGUCCUGACCUGUUUGGGCAUCUGGAUGAUGUUCUGAAUCACGUACGAGGUCUUCAGCGCAUGGUAGAGCUUUGGUCAAGAACUGUAUGUCCAGAGCUUGAUGAGGGUACAGACUCUGGGGGUGAACAAGUUGGGCAUGUAGCCUAUGAACAGAGAUCUAUGUCUGAUGUUGGCACUUCAGCCAGUGACUUUGACAGCACAGGAAAUUCUCUCAAUGAUACAGAGGAUACAGAGAUGAGAGAAAGGAGGGACUCUGGGGUCGGGGCCUCAUUAACUCGGCCAUGCAGGAAGUUGCGCUGGCACAGCUUCCAGAACUCACACCGGCCAAGCCUCAGCUCGGCAUCCUUCGAGAUUAACAGACUGUCAGCAGGACAGCUCAAUCUACUACAGAAGCUGUCACUGCUCCGGCUCACUGCCAUCAUGGAGAGGCACUCUGUGCCCAGCAAGCAGGGAUGGGCAUGGACGGUAUCCAAAUUCAUGAAGAGAAGCAAAGUUCCUGAUUACAAGGGUAAAGCAGUGUUUGGGAUUCCUCCAAUAAUCAAUGUACAGAGGACUGGUCAGCCAUUACCACAGAGCAUCCAGCAGGCCAUGCGAUACAUUCGAAGUCAAUGUCUGGAUCAGGUGGGAAUAUUUAGGAAGUCCGGUGUCAAAUCUCGUAUCCAAGUCCUGAGGCAAAUGAAUGAAUCUUCUCCAGACCACGUUAGUUAUGUCGGGCAAUCUGCAUAUGACGUGGCUGACCUGUUAAAGCAGUAUUUCCGGGAUCUUCCUGAACCCGUCUUUACAAGCAAACUGACGGACACGUUCCUGCAAAUAUAUCAGUAUGUACCGAAGGAGCACAGGCUGCGGGUCGUUCAGGCAGCGAUUGUGCUGAUGCCUGAUGAGAAUCGAGAAGUCCUGCAAACCUUACUGUAUUUCCUGAGUGACAUAUCAUCUUCUCAGGAAAACCAGAUGACACCUGGGAACUUGGCUGUGUGUCUAGCACCUUCUGUCUUCCACCUCAACAUCUCCAAGAAGGAGAGCACAUCCCCAAGGGUCUUGCAUAGGAAAGGGGCAUCUGGAAAGCCAGACCAUAAGGACCUAAGUGAGAAUUUGGCUGCUACUCAAGGGUUGCUACACAUGAUCACAGAAUGCAAAAAGCUAUUUCAGAUGCCACACGAUAUGUUUCUCCAAUCUCGUAAUUCGUAUGUUGCUGCUGAUGCUCAUCCUCUGUCUCUGGAGGAGCUCUGUGGGGCAUCAGAAAGUGAGUCCAGAGACUUCUCUUCGCUCUUGGACAACAGCAUUCACAAUCUUCUCCAGGAGUCUGCAGAACGCUUUAAGGGUUGGACGACCUUGUCUGGACCUGAAAACACGGAAUUAUCCUCGAAGAAGGUUGGUGACGGUAAUCCUUUGCGUAUGUGGAAAGUGUCAACAGAAGUGGAAGCUCCUCCAAGCUCCUUAUUACAUCGUGUUUUGCGAGAGCGGCAUCUUUGGGAUGAUGACCUCUUGCAAGAGAAAGUGGUAGAUACCCUGGAACAGAACACGGAGAUAUUCCACUAUGUGACGGAUAGCAUGGCACCUCAUCCACGACGACAGUUUCUGGUACUUAGGAAAUGGCGCACAGAUCUUCCCAGAGGAGGGUGCCUGCUGGUUUCUACAUCUAUUGACCAUACCACAGGGCAACAUGAAGAAGGGGUCCAGGCUGUAAUUCUGAAUUCUCAGUAUCUCAUGGAACCUUGUGGAAUGGGACGCUCCAGGUUAACGUAUAUCUGCAGGGUUGAUCUCAGGGGACGGUCCCCAGACUGGUACAACAAAGUUUUCGGACAUUUAUGUGCCAUGGAAGUUGCACGUAUCCGGAACUCAUUCCCCCCAUUAAAUCCAUGUGGGCCAGAGACCAAGCUCUAAAGUUAAGAAACUUUGACUGCAGAUUAUGUUCUAUCAGUAAAGCAGGAUUUCAUGGCAGGGCAAACUGGAAAAGCCCAUGACCUCUACUCCGAGAGUUCCAGGAACAGAAAACUCUAUGAGCAUAAUAUCCAGACAUAUUACUGUACCUGUUUUAGGGAACACAUUGAAAUAUUUUAUUGUUGUGAUGCUGGUCAUGCAUUGGGCUCUGCCUCAAAAAGAUGAGGAACUACGAAAGAUGGUGGAAAUGGCUGUUUGUUUCACUGCACUCCUAAAGGGUAGAAUGCAGUGCUAACCUAUCCCAUCAAACAUUUUGAAAGAUGUUUUCAGAAUGGCGUUAACAAUCAGUAUUAUUUGUCUAUCAUUUUCUUUUUUGAUGCAGUGGUAGAAGUAAGCAAGUGCUUAUUUUCUUAUUGUUUUAUGAAAUGUAGAGAAUGGAAUGUCGGAUACGUUUGAGAACGUUGUGUGAAGGAUUAUUUAAUGGUUCUGUGUGAAUGCUCUGAUAUUACUGGGGUGCAUAAUUUUUAAGAAUAUUCUAGCGUGGCAGUAUUCUUUGCCAGUUUGACCGUCUACAUUUUGGAGAUGCCUGCUUUCGCAUAUACUGGACCACUUUUAAUAGACUGUGAGACGGUCUUUCUCCUAUAUUAAGGGAAUCAAUGUGAUUUCCAAUGAAAUAAUGGUAGUAGACUUGUUAAGGGAUCAAUCAACAGAUGCCUCAUUACCAUUUUAGAAUAAAACUAUGCUGACUGUUGCUGCCAGUGCCAUUUUAGUAGGCUGGGUUAUUGGCGCAUGAAGUUAUUUUAAAGCAGUUGCAUUUUCUUUCUGUCCUCCCUCCAAAGAAAUGCCUUCUGUUUAACAUUUGUUGGUCUGCUUAAUAUAAAAUCCAAAUAACCAGUUUAUUUUCUCCAAUAUUAAAUGGAAAUUAGGACCAAUCGAUUUUUUGCCAGAAAAUACUAUCUGUAAAGUGUAGACCUGUUUAGAUGUUUAGAUCAUUAGCACAGCACUAGACAGAUUCCUACAAUACCAAGACAACUGCCCCCUGCAUACAGGGCAGAGCUAAAACUGAUCUGUGCCACAUUGGUGCAGUGUUCUGCCCAUUGAAUGUUUAACUGGACUGCUUCCUGACUGGACCUGCCAUGUCCUAAGUCAACAGGAAGCUUUGUAUUUUUUUUAAUAUUUCAAUGUGUCUGUCUGCCACAGUCAAAUGCUUUAAUGCCAAUAUAUGUUUCCCCAUUCUCUUCUGUAAGUGUGAUAUUGAUGAUCUGGUUUUAUACCAUGAUACUGAUACAUGUUGUAGUGAAAUAGGUAGAUACCUCAAGUUUCAUAAUCUGCGAAUAACUGUAGGGCACUAUGUCCGUCUUUGAGCGAGCUACACAUUUGAAUCUACGUCUGGGUGAAGACAGUGGCCUUAAAUCUACUGGAAUUCUGGUCACUUAAGGUAGAGGAUCAGAGUCCAGCUGCUUCUCUUCAGUAUCCUAAGCCUAAUUUGUUAUUGUUCUAUAUAAAUAAUGUACAGUUGAAAUCAUAAUAUAUACUUUUUAAAUGUACUGUUAUGUCACCAGUUGUAUCCAUGUUUCUAUUUAAGCCAGCUUUUGUAAUAUAACACACUUUUCUUGACAGAAGAAAUAAUAAAAUUCUAUAAAUUA